AUGGACUUCCUGGAGUGGUGUGACCAGCAUCGGAUAAUCGUUGCCGUGUUUCCGCCGCAUUCCACGCACAGGCUGCAGCCCCUGAUGUGUCCCUUUGGCCCUCUUUCGACCGCAUACACCAACCAGCUCAUCCAGUGGACUGCAAAGACACAGGGACUCAUCGGGCUAUCGAAACGCGAGUUCUGGUCGUUAUUUUGGAACGCAUUCGGGUCAUCUUUCUCGGCGGAGAACAUCGCAAGUGGUUGGAAACGGACCGGACUCCUCCCAUUUGACCCUGAAGUCGUUUUGUCGCAGAUCGCGGAGAAAACAGAAGAUGAGUCUGAGUCUGGCGACAGCUCCGUUGACUCGCUCGCCCUGCAGCAGCCCACUGCUCGGGAUUUGCGCCGACUUGUCGACAAGAACGAAUUGCUUCGAUAUGAGAAUCAGGGACUUCGGGAGACUAUCUUUCACGAAAAGCAGCGCAGAAUGCGCGGUAAAGCUCUGAAGGAUUACCUUUUCGAUCGUGUAGAUCCUAACUCGGCGCAGGUAUUUAGCCCUGCAAAAGUGGCCCAAGCGCGCUUGAAGAAAGCAGCCAUGGAGACUCAGAAGCAAGAAGAGGCCUUGGAGAAAGAACGACAAAGACGUCAGGCAAAGGAAGCCAGACAACAAGAGCGGGAGAAAAACAGGCAGAUACGGAAAGAGCUCAAGCGAAAGAACCAGAAAAAAUGUCGGAAAUGGGAUCCGGACCUCUGUUGCUCCACAGACUCGCGAGAAGAGUCCGGGCGUUCGAGACGAGAUUGUCGUCGCCAUUUCGGCUCCACCAGAACCGACGACAGCUCCGGAACACUCAAAAUCGCCAAACAUUAA